GCAGGCUGGGGGAACAUGGCCGCUUCCGGUCUCGGAGCCUGCCUGGCGCGGGGCUGACCGCGGCUGCGGCCCCGUGCGCUCCUCCCUCUGCAUCUCGCGCCGGCGGCCGCGGAGGGCGCAGCGGCCUCCAGUUUCUCGCGCCAUGGAGAAGAGCUCCAGCUGCGAGAGUCUCGGCGCGCAGCUCCCGGCGGCAAGGCUGCCCAGCGAGGACUCACUGUCCAGUUAAUGUGUUAAGAACCAUUGACAUUUGAAGAUCAUCAGAAGUGAAGAUAAAACAUCUCAAAAAUUAUAAUUGCUUCUACUUCUCAUUCAGAGAACUCGGUGCAUACCAAAUCAGCUUCUGCUAUAUCAUCAGAUUCCAUUUCAACCUCUGCAGACAACUUUUCUCCUGACUUGAGGGAGUGCCCAGCUGCUUGGGUUUUAGUUGAUGCCAGACAUAGUCAAGUUGACAGCCAAGAUUAGCCAUCACACCAGUGUUCUAUCCUGUUGAAUCCAAUUCUAUAGGUCCUGAGGGAGGCAAACAAGUUAGCAGAAAUGGAGGAACCAGCCCUGCUUCCAGGAGAGAACAUUAAAGAUAUGGCCAAAGAUGUGACUUACAUAUGUCCAUUCACUGGUGCUGUGCGAGGAACGCUGACUGUCACAAGUUACAGGUUAUAUUUCAAGAGCAUGGAGCGGGACCCCCCAUUUGUUCUAGAUGCUUCUCUUGGAGUGAUAAGUAGAGUAGAAAAAAUUGGUGGUGCAUCUAGCCGAGGUGAAAACUCCUAUGGCCUGGAAACUGUGUGCAAGGAUAUCAGGAACUUGCGAUUUGCUCAUAAACCGGAGGGGCGAACAAGAAGAUCCAUAUUUGAGAAUCUAAUGAAAUAUGCAUUUCCUGUGUCUAAUGGCUUGCCUCUUUUUGCUUUUGAGUAUAAAGAAGUAUUCCCCGAAAAUGGGUGGAAACUGUAUGACCCCCUUCUAGAGUACAGAAGGCAGGGAAUUCCAAAUGAAAGCUGGAGAAUAACAAAGAUAAAUGAACGCUAUGAACUCUGUGACACAUAUCCUGCCCUCUUGGUUGUGCCAGCAAACAUUCCUGAUGAGGAGCUAAAGAGAGUGGCAUCCUUUAGGUCACGGGGCCGGAUCCCAGUUUUAUCCUGGAUUCAUCCUGAAAGUCAAGCCACAGUCACUCGCUGCAGCCAGCCCAUGGUUGGAGUGAGUGGGAAGCGCAGCAAAGAAGAUGAGAAGUACCUUCAGGCCAUCAUGGACUCCAAUGCCCAGUCUCACAAAAUAUUUAUCUUUGAUGCUCGGCCAAGUGUCAAUGCGGUUGCCAAUAAGGCAAAGGGGGGAGGUUAUGAAAGUGAAGAUGCCUAUCAAAAUGCAGAACUCGUUUUUCUGGAUAUUCAUAAUAUCCAUGUUAUGAGAGAAUCAUUACGGAAGCUUAAGGAGAUUGUGUACCCCACCAUUGAAGAAACUCACUGGUUGUCUAACUUAGAAUCUACACACUGGCUGGAACACAUUAAGCUCAUUCUUGCAGGGGCUCUUAGGAUUGCUGACAAGGUCGAGUCUGGGAAGACGUCUGUGGUGGUACACUGCAGUGAUGGAUGGGAUCGCACAGCUCAGCUCACUUCCCUGGCCAUGCUCAUGUUGGAUGGAUACUACCGAACCAUACGAGGAUUUGAAGUCCUUGUGGAGAAAGAAUGGCUGAGCUUUGGACAUAGAUUCCAACUAAGAGUUGGCCAUGGAGAUAAGAACCAUGCUGACGCAGACAGGUCACCUGUUUUCCUUCAGUUUAUUGACUGUGUCUGGCAAAUGACAAGACAGUUCCCUACCGCAUUUGAAUUCAAUGAGUAUUUUCUCAUUACCAUCCUGGACCACUUGUACAGCUGUUUAUUUGGAACAUUCCUUUGUAACAGCGAACAGCAGAGGGGGAAAGAGAAUCUUCCUAAGAAGACAGUGUCACUGUGGUCCUAUAUAAACAGCCAGCUGGAAGACUUUACUAAUCCUCUUUAUGGAAGCUACUCCAAUCAUGUCCUUUACCCAGUAGCCAGCAUGCGCCACCUAGAGCUCUGGGUGGGAUAUUAUAUAAGGUGGAACCCCCGGAUGAAACCUCAGGAACCUAUCCACAGCAGAUACAAAGAACUUCUUGCCAAAAGAGCAGAGCUUCAAAGAAAAGUAGAGGAACUUCAGAGAGAAAUUUCCAACCGCUCAACCUCCUCUUCAGAGAGAGCCAGCUCUCCUGCACAGUGUGUGACUCCUGUCCAAACUGUUGUAUGAAAGGACUAGGCCCAGGGCCUCAUUGCCAGGAACCUGACAUUCCAGCACCUUAUGGGUAGAAAACCUUCCGUGUUUAAAACCCAUCUACUGGAGAAUCCUUCGGAUGCUGUAUUUAUUUCAAAUCUCUCUUAGAUGAGUUUAGAAACAUAGCAGUGCAAGUGACAAUGAAGAUGAUCUCAUUCAUAAUUAAAGUAUGACACUAAUCUUAAGUCACCCAAAGAAUACUAAAGUACUGCAGUCCUGUAUUCACACUGGGAGCAAGUUUUUCAUUUAAAAAUGUCUUAAAACCCUGAGCACCUGGUCAGAUCUCCAGGAGGGGAGAAAAGCAAGGCCACCUGCUGUUGCACCUGAGAGCACACGCAUUGAGGCUUGUGUCAGAUCCAAAUAUUCCUUUCUCAGUUUCCCCAAGUUUUGUGAUAUUUAAUAUAGUAAAAAGCAUUGUCUUGAGAUUAUUAUGGCAUAGUAGGUUUUUUUUUUUUUUUUUUUUUUGCUGCUGACAUUGUAAUUAGCAUAUUCUCAACAGCAAUUAGGAAACAAUGCCUUAUAUAUGUGCUUUGGGGGGUUGAAGGGACAAAGUAGUAGCUGUCAUCUACUCCAUUUGUGUAUUGAUCACAAACAUCACAGAAGACAUCUUAAAACCUUACUGUUACUCUACUUUAUCUAAAUGCUAUUUGGCAAGUUUUAAGACAGUAUUUUAAAAACUUAGAAGUCUGACUUUAUGUGCUGUGUAAAUCUCACAUGGACACUUUACCAAAGAGCACUCUGCAUGAGUUAGUCUCAGUGCCAGCAAGUAAAGCCUUGCUUCUCUGCUCACCCGAGUCCGGUGCUGGUGGGGACAGUUGACUCCUGGGGUCUGUUUUACUCUGUACAAGAGCCAUAUGUAAUGUACUGUAACAAACGAGCUUCUUACCACUUGGUCUUUUAAUUAAAUGACUUCAAACUUUGUCCUUGUCCACAGUUGUCUAAAGUACCCUCCCCACCCCACCCCCAAAAUGUUAACCUGGAAUUAUCCAAUCCAAUUUAAGCCCACCUGUCUUUGACACCUAAAAUCAAACUGUAAAAAGCAUUGUUCCGUAACUCAUUGUUUGAACUGUAGUCCUGGUGUUGAUUUUGGAAUUAGUACAUCACAGAUCUCCUCUUUCCUACUUUUUUUUUUUUUUUGCUUAUAUAUUUUACCUGGAUAUUGAGCCCAGAGCCUCACACUUGCCAGGCAAAUGCUAUACUAUUGAAUAUACCCCAGCAUACCCAGUAUUUACAAGAAUUGGUACCAAAUAAUUUGGUUGGUGUAAACUUAGCUAUAAAAAUUUUUUUGAGGAGGUAUUUAUGUUCCCAGCAUUCAAGUAAGAUUUCUGUAACAGUUCACUUUCCUCACUAGUCUGCUUUCUUCCCUGAAACCUUUGACCAUCUUGGUAUGACAUCAGAGGGAUGCUGAUCAUACGGUCACCCAAACGGCAGAGAAAUAUGUCACUCCAAAACCUUGCAAUGUUUUCUGUGACCUCCAAGGAAUCUUGAGUGUGGAAUGUGCACACUAAAAGUGCUUAUGUGGAGUUCAACUGCAUUCCUGGUGUUCACACACACCCCAGUAUGACAUCAAGGAAAGCACUCCUUUCUUACGAAGCGUGGGAUCCGCGCUGGCGUCUUGUACAGGAUACAAGGGAGCUCUGCUGCAAGUGAACAAGAAACUGAAGCAGAAUCAAAACCCAAAGCCUACAGUUGGAAUCCAGCUGGAGACAGGUAGGAGUUACUAUCCUCCAAUUACUAUUCUAACUAGGAGUUGGAGCCAUCAUCAUUCAGAUGACAGUUAUACAGUUUACUGUCCUGAAAUCCAAGGAAUUAACACAAGUGGAACAGUUGGAAGUGGUGGUUGAGCCAUGUCACCAGAGCAGUUUCUUACCUUCCUGGGGACUAUGGACUCACGGUUGUCAGGUCAUUGUUCCUGCAAACCUCAUCAGAAAACUGCACACACAAAUUUAUAUACAAUUUCAGGUGACUCAUGAAGCUUAAAAAUCUAUGUUUCUAACUAGAAAAUUCACCAAGUGAUAGGGCCUUCUGGUGCCCAAGUAACAAACAAUUCAUGCUAUUCAACUUAGUAGAUGGCUAGUAUGUUCCCCAGCCUGUCUGAACCAUUCAGGAACACUGAGCUUGGUCUCUGUAAGCACAAGGAUGACAAGCAUGCCUCAGAUAUUCUCGUUCCUCAAUCACGAUACUAACAUGCACUUUUUGAGUUUGUAUGACAAAUAAAGCCUUUGUUAGCUGGCUGUUAAGCAAAGUUUAAAAACUGCUUUAUUGAUUUGAAGUACCAAAUUUAUAAAGAUUAUAACAUGUCGAUCUACUCAAAGUUAAAUAAUUUACAUUGGCAUGAUAGAUGUGUGUAUUCAAUUCACAUACUGUAUGCUAAAAGCAUGAGCUUCUCUUAAGUCAAGAUUAAACAGUGCUUAACAUGAUUACAAAUAGAUACUGUCUAAAAACUGUAAACGUGUACAUUUUACAAUACCCACGUUCUCAUUCUUUAUUCCAAAAUUUCAUUUACUUCAGUAACAACUGUUUAUAUAGUUUUUCUGAAGACAUUGUGACAUAUUUCAUGGAUAACUGACUUAAGUGAAUUUAUGAUUGAUCAAUGUCUAAAAUACCAAAGCAAAACAAAGUCUUCUUGAAAACAGUACAUUUAAUGGUCAUCUGGAGAAGGGAGAGUAGUGGUCACUUCAUGCUGUGGGAAGAUUUAAAAAACAAGACUUCAAGCACUGACUAUGGGGACUAUCUCAUAUUCUGAAUUUUCAAACCCAAUUUACAUAUAUACCUAGUUUAAAAAACACACCCAUGAGUAAAAAACUGGUCAUUUGUUUACAAAGUGCAGUGAAUGAGUACAGCAAAUUCAAAGACAGUGAGGCUUCUCUGCCGCAGAACUCCAUCUCCAUCAGUUGUGCUACAUAGCACAAUAGACUGUAAUGAAGCUUGGCCCCUAACACCUGCCAGUAAUGGCAGCUUAGCAAGCAUGAGACCUGGAAAGUCUGCUCAUGUCCAGUACGUACAUCGUUUAUGACCAGUGAGGUACAUCAUUUAUGACCUGGUGUCAGUAAUCCCAACACAGAUUACUGCUCUGCAGUGAAUUCUGUAUGGUCUGCAUGUCCUUCAGUAACUGAAGAUUUUUCCUGCUUUUUUCUCCAGGUCUCUGUUUGGCCAGAUCCUUCUUACUUGCGGUCCUUGGGACUCCAGAUGAACGACCGCUGCUGUUCCCUUCUUCAUCAAGAGUCUUUUUGUUAGCUUUUAAUUCCUUCUUCUGCUUAUCUAUGUUUUGUUUCUCCAGCUGACCAAAUAAUCAAAACAGGGAAAAAAUGAAUUCAAUAAAAACAUUUUCUUUUA